CAUGUCAUUAAAGCGAUUUCAUCCAGAAAUGUUGAGAUAAUUUAGCAUUUUCCUGCCACCACCUACAUUUUGUCCGCUUUGAUAAGUUGAGGUUAAUAAACUGGUUAGUUGAGUGAAAUGUUGGCGAAAAGUCUGGCGUUUUUUGCCACUCUUGUGCUAAUCAGUCAUGUGAAAAGCAAGUCAGAUGAGUUAAUUUCCCCCUGUGACAACUUUUACGCCUACUCUUGCGCCACUUGGACCAAAGAGGCGAAAAAGCCCCCAUUCGAGCCCGUGUGGAGCCCCUGGAUGGCCGUUAAUCACAAAAUCAGAACUCGAUUAGCGCAGAUUUUAACUCAUCACGAUUUUUAUUUAAUCCAACCGCAGAUUUUUUACCGGUCUUGUUUAAACACCGCGGACCACGAAACUAAGUACUUGAAGGAAUUAAAAACCUUUAUUGAUGGUUUAGGGGGGUGGGGUUUAAUCACAAGUAGAGACGAAAAUGACUGGUUUCAUCAACUAGCUGUGGUUACAAGAGUCUUGGGGAUUCACCCAAUUUUGAAAAUUCACGUCGAUUUGGAUUAUAAAGAUCCGAAAAAGUAUGCCAUUUAUGUGGAACCGGGGAAUUUAAUUUUUCCAGAGUAUAUUUUGACCGGUUUGGAGUACAAAGUCGAGUUGGAAGCCUACGAAAAGUGGAUUUUUGAGACCGCAAAUCACUUGUCUGGGGGCAAAAAACGGAUAAAUGUCACACAAAUUAGGGAAAUCAUCAAAUUUGAAACGUUUUUGGCGACUAUUCGGAACAAUGAAAUGAGAAAUGAGCGCACAACAGUCGAAAAAUUAUCGCAGAAAUUUUCAAUCGAUUGGAUCAAAUUUCUCGAUUAUAUUUUCGGGAGCUUCUCAAUUAUAACCCCAAAUACGACUGUGAUAGUCAAGAAUUACACAUAUUUGAAAAAACUGUUCCUCUUAAUCAAUCAAGUGGGACAUAGAGUUGCCAAAAAUUAUUUAAUGUGGUCGAUUAUUAAGGACGUGUCCAGAGACACUGAUCGUCACUUGAGAAAUUUAAGUUUUUUGAUCGAUCAGGCGAUUCUAGGGGUUCAAGAGGACUUGUCUCGGGAAUUUGAGUGUCUUGACAAGGUCAUUACGUAUUUCAGCCCCUUAUUGCUCCCCCGAUAUUUAAAAACAUACGUCAAUCCGAAAAUUUUCCCCGAUAUAAAGUCAAUGGUUGAGUCGAUCAAAACCGAAUUUGCCCAGAUUUUGUUAAACUGUGAUUGGUUGAGCAAGGAGGGAAAAUUACUACUUGUGGAGAAAAUUAAAAACAUUGAAUUGCAUUUGGGGUACCCCUCUUGGAAUUUCCACACUCUUAAACGACAUUAUGGCAAAGUCAAAAUGACCAACAAUCAUUUCAUAAACAUGCUCGAGUUGAAACAAUUUAAAACGUCGCAUGUUUUGUCCCGAUUGGCCCAGCACAAACCCCAAAUACUGUGGCCGUCGAGCCCCUUCGACGUCAACGCCUACUACAGCGUCCUCCAGAAUUCGAUUUUUAUUCCCUUAGGGAUGUUGGAGCCGCCGUUUUAUCGGUACAAAAGGGCCGAAAUUUCGAAUUUCGGGGCUUUGGGUUCGCUCAUUGGGCACGAAAUUUCCCACUCUCUGGACCCAGCAGGUAUUCUGGCCGACCCUAGUGGGAAAGUGAAAAAAUGGUUGCCAGAUCGUGACUUCCUGCUUUAUAAAAACCGCAUUUCGUGCUAUAAUGACAGCCACACUGUUGGUGAAAUAAUUGCAGAUUCCAACGGGUUGAAAAUCAGCCUCAAUGCUUUCAAAAAACGAAAUCCGGGGCGGGAAAUUCACCAGUUUUUCGUCAGCUUCGCUCAGGUUUGGUGUGAAGUGUCAGGAGACAGCGAUAUUUUCACAGGGGACGAACACGGGCCUGUUUUACAGAGAAUUCAACACAUUUUACACAACGAAGAGUUUCAGGAAACGUUCAAUUGUGGCUUUAAAACGUCAUGUGACUUGUGGUAGAAAUAAAUGAAAGUGACAAUGAUUUUUAUUUAAAAUGAGAC